AUGGCGAAGCGCCCACGGUCGUCGUCCCUUCCCCUGGCCCUGCUGCCGCCGCUGCUACUUCUCCUUGCAGCCGGAUCGCUUGCAGUGGCAACCGCGCUUGACAGCUCCCCGGAGGCACGUCGUGGUCGAAGCUUGCAGCAGCUGCCAACUCCGCUGCCUCAGCCUCAGCCUCAGCCGGACCCAAACCCACAGCCGCAGCCGGGGCCCCUGCCACAGCCCCUGCCGCAACCAAAUCCAAACCCACAGCCGCAGCCCCUUCCACAGCCGGAUCCAAACCCACAGCCCCUACCGCAGCCCGAUCCAAACCCACAGCCUCAGCCCCUACCGCAGCCCCUACCGCAGCCCGAUCCAAACCCACAGCCAGGCCCACUCCCGCCGCAGGACCCAAACAACCCACAGCCUCAGCCACAGCCCGUGCCGUUGCCUGACCCAAACGUGCAACAGCCGCAACCGGCAUCGGGGACCCAACCUGUUUCGAACCAAAAUCCACAACCGCAGGCUGACCAGCUAUCUGGAGGUCCGCAGCCACUUUCGGACGGCGGAUUAAGAAUGUUGAACCUGCAAUACGUGAAGUACAUAUUUUUAGAUCUUGCCGUUCUGUUACUGUAA